UACAGGAUGGCGGAAGAAGAAGAACUAAUUUUUUACCAGCUGUAUUCCAGGUCAUGCCAAUAAAUGUCAUGAAUAAUGAUAUAAUAAUAUGGUGUUGGAGUCUAAAACAUGUUUUAAAUCUGAGCAACUGUUAUUUAUGUUGUUAUUAAAAAAAAAACUCAAUGGCAAAGGUUCUGAAAAUAUUGACGCUCUUAUCAUGUCCCUGCCGCUGUGCCGUUCAGGUUUAGUGAACCCCAGUGGCGUCACAUUGCUUUCCUUUACACUGAAGGAAAUAAUACUGCGCAUCUAAUACUGCGCAUGUUCCACUCCACUCAAGUCUUUCCCACCGGAACAAUGACAUCACGGUAGACGCCCAAUCACUGCGCCUGCGUAAACGGUCGCGCGCAAGUUUGAAUUUUUUUUUGGAUUGUUUACCUCCAGUCCGAAAACUCAGUUCUUGAAAGCCAAACUAAAACACUGCAAAAACAAACAACGGAUACAAAAUAUAUACAGUUUUGAACACGGUUUCGUUCUGCGUCAGCGAUCACCGAGUUUGGGAGUGGCUGCUUCUCGGAGAUAUUGUUUUUUUUGUUGUUUGGCCUUUUUUUUUCCUUCCCCGUAGUGGUUGAAGAGCUAAUGAAUGGACUAGCAUUGUGUUUGGACAUCGCUUUUACUGCGUAUAAAAAAGGAAGACGAAAAAAAAAAACGGGGUUUUCUUCAGAGGCUGUAAUUUAUACGUGAAUACGAGUUUCAGCUGGAAUUAACAAUUUACAAAUACAAACAAAAUAAAUACUCUAAAAGUAACACGAGCUGAGUGUCGCUGGUGCGCAGUUAGGGUAAAUCCCGGUUACUCUACUUUAUUCUAGCGGUAUUUAUUAAUUUCAAUAGCAUUGUUAUAACGGUGAAUGUAUAUACGAACUGCUGUCUCCAUAUAAGAAUCGUGUGGUCUAACGGAUGCAAUGUAAGCUUCCACUUUUGGUUUUAUUUAUUUUAUAUUUUAAUUGUGUUGGACUUAAAUGCCAGUGAACGGCUGAGACGAUCACAUCAUUGAGCUAUGCUGAGAAAGUCUGGUCGGGAAUCCUCCGGUUCCGGAACACACAAUGACAGCACAUCGUCAUUGGACCACAGCCAACGAUCGAAGUCGAGUACCAGGCGGAAAAAGGAGGCAGAGGAUCCGUUACAGUCGGCCCUACUGUACUUUAAAGAAGUUGAAGCUGGUACCCCAUGGCGUGGCAAUUAUGUCCUGGAGAAACACCUUGACACCAUUGAGCGGACAGCAUUCAAUAAGGGAUUACCCCCAGAAGGCAUUGAUAUAAUGAUAGACUUUGCACUUGGCCUCCGAAUGGGCAGUGUUUUGGGUGUGCGGGUCAUGAAGACUCUGAUUCCAGCGACAGUGGUACCUCAGAGCGCAUUGAUAAAAGGAGUGUCCUGGUUCUGUGUGGGAAAGCUGCCCUCAAACUUGCAGGUCAUGUUUUUCCGCUGGUUUAUUACCGUGUUUGACCUGGUUGAUUCAAAGGAGCAGCUACACUUGCUGUAUGGCUUUUUAUUCUGUUUUCUGACAGAUGAGCACCUGUGUCCCUACAUCUGCCACUUGCUGUACCUUUUGACCACAAAGGAGAGUGUUAAACAUUACAGAAUAAGAAGAUUACUAGAUCUUCAGGCCAAAAUAGGAAAACAGCCAUACCUGCAGGCCUUACUCUCUUUGUAUAAAGUUUUCUGUCCUGAGCUGGUCACCUUUUCAAUGCCAACAAAAAUAAAGAGUGCCUUCAAAAAUUAUGAUUCCAACUGGAAAACGGCAAUCGCUGCAGUUCAGAAAAAGAGCAAAGUGGAAAUAUUAAUGCAACUGCCGAACAACAUUGCACAGAAAACAACAUCCAGGAAACGGAAAUGGAACAGCAAUUUGAAUGUGCCUUUUGUGAGCAGCAGUGUGUCUGAGAUCAAUAACAAGACAUCGAUCAGCUUGUCCAGGAAUGCAAUGCUUCCUUUAGAGCAGCUCCGCACUUUCUCUCAGCUCUUGCAGAACGUGCACCGCAUUGAGUUUCCAGCACAGAUGGGCUCUGUCUUGAACUCUCCACUGCUUCUUCAUUACAUUAACUGUGUAACUGAUGACUCUGUGUUUCUGAGACUGGAUUAUUGGUUGGGUCAUGCAUUGCAGGAAGAGUUCCUGUUUUGCAAGGAUGCUAAUAAACAGAACACUUCGGAAGCGGCGGAGUUUUUCAAUAAACUGAUCACAGCACAGCAGUUCCUACAGGAAGGAUUCUCCAGUUGUGAGACAUUUAUCUACAAGUUCCUGCAUGUUUGGAAUGGUUCGGAGUACCGCUCGCAGAUCCUGAGCCUGCUGAGCUGGAUACCUAUGGCACCAGUUACAGAUAUGAAGCAGCUGCUGUGUGAACCCCUAAUGCUGCUGUUCUUUAGCUCCUCUGUAUUUUUCAAGUGCAGUGUGAUUGAGUGCCUAAACAACAUGCUGGUGAAUUGGUUGACCUGGCAUUCUGUGUAUGCCACAGAGGAUAUUGACAUGAAUCUCCCUGGCCACUCACCCAUGAAUAUGACCCUUUCUGAAUUGGUGAACUCAGUUAUUGAGUUGGUUCAGUUCACAGGUCGAAUCUCAACCAUAGGGCUGCACUUGGAGGGGUACAACACACUGUUGCUGCAUUUCGUUCUCAGUUUCUAUGAAACAGUGUCUGACAUGUAUUUGAAGUAUGACAUGCCUUUGGUUAUCAUGCCCCCUGGUGGUGUGUUUUAUCCUGCUCUGAUAAGCUUAGACCCCAUCAGUGUGAACCAGCUUUGCCACAUCAUGUACAGAUACCGAACAAACUUGGUUUCUGCAAAGGAUCCAGAGCUGCAAAGGAAGAAGCGUUUUCACAUCAGCAGUAAAACAUACAGCGAGUACAAUCAGUAUGUAGUUUCUAUGGUGAACUGUUUGUGGAAGUCCAAGGCAUUCAUAAGGGAUAACCAUCCCAUGGGGAUUGAGAUAAACCCAAAACUACUGAAUGAGACCAAAGUGGCAGAAUACAGGAACAGCUUUAACAUCGUCCACCACCCGGCGCUUAUGGGAUACGCAAUUGACUUCUUCCAGAAGUGUUGGCCAGGUGACAAACAUUUGAACAUAAGUUCCAUAAAGGGCAGGCACUGGGAUUGGUACUUGGAAUAUCUGUAUGGCCAGGGCUUCCAUGGCCUCCGACAGUUUAUUGAAAGCAGCAUCACCAGAGUAGACCAUUCAGUUAGCAGGAUUGGAAAGCGCUGAGAUCAAGCAUAAUUUCAUCUGGACAUCACCACUGCAGUGCCAAGCCUGUUAUGGACUGUGAGCUUUCAUCACUUCAUUACAGAGCAAGACAUCUUCUUCUUUUGGCUUCUAAUUAACUUUCUCUUUUUGAGACAGAUGGGUGCAGAUUUUCUGUUGUUCUUCUCUCAGUCUGCAUUAACUGCAUCGUAAAUUUCCUUUGGGCUUGCUAACAUGAGAACUGUUCUCUAGACUGGAUUUUACAAACUGUCAGGUCCCGGUGUUUGUGAAAUAUCAAGGCUGCAAGGCGUGGAUCUGUGGUACAGCAGCCCCAUAUCUGACCGCCUACUAAACCAUAGGAAUGUGUGGCAGUCAGUGUUGUUUUCACUAAGAGUGGAGAAACUAGACUUGCAAAGUUUUUGUACUGUCUGGACAGUACAAACUUCCUAAUUUUAACUGACCAUUCAGUGUUUAUUUUUGUUUGAUUUUAUGGACUUUUUUUUUUUUAAUUUUAUUUACUGCUGCGGUGCCGGAUACAGAAAAUAAAGAUGUGAAGUCAGACUUUUCAGACUCCAAGGACUCCUGUUCAGUAGCGAGCCCAAGCCCCUGAGUCAGUCUCAUCUUCACCUGGAUGUAAAAUAAGUGUCCUUGUAAUUACUUGUUUCUUAAUAAUUUACAUUGUAUUGUUGGAUGAAAAAGUCUUGGAGGAUGAAGACUAUUUAUCCCAAAUACAGAAACAAUACAGAGCAAUCAUUCAUCUUCCUUGCUAGAACUGGUACUGUAGUUUACUGGAAUUUACAAUUAAAUGUACAUAUGCUAA